CUGGAGCAAUGGAGACUGCCACAAAACAGAAGUUUGAGCAGAGCAUAGAAACACUGAGCUCCUCUGCACCACAAGAUUCAUCUUUUUAUCACAUACACAUCAAAUUAGAGGAGCAUGAGCCCACAAGUCUUAGCACCAAGGAGCUCAUCCUGAAGAAAGCCAAAGAAGCUUGCAAGUGGAAUCGCCAAAUUGUCAUCACUUUCUUCCUCAAGCUGCUCCCAGUGCUGGAAUGGCUUCCCCGACACAGAAUCAAGGAACAGUUGCUUGGGGAUGUCAUCUCUGGAUUACUGGUUGGGAUAGUUGCCAUCCCACAAUCAAUCUCCUACUCCCCCUUAUCAAGCCAGGACCCCAUCUAUGGACUCUACACCAACUUCUUCUGCUCCAUCAUCUACUUUGUCAUGGCCACCUCGCGCCAUAAUGCUGUCGGGUCCUUUGGUGUCCUGUGCCUGAUGAUUGGGGAAACCGUGAACCGGCGGCUUCACCUAUCAGGGUAUGGAGAUGGUAAUACCGGCUCUGCAUCGUUAAUGAAUUCCACAUUGCCCAGCAACGGGACAGUCAUCUGUGACAGAAGCUGCUAUGCAAUCACUGUGGCAAUUUCCUUAACUUUCCUUGUUGGGCUUUACCAGGUAUGGUUCUUUCAUUAUCAUUCUAUUCCUCACUGUGGUCUCCCCCACUUAGGGACUGGCCUGAACCAAACACCCCAAAACUUUAGGAUCUUUACAAUCCAAGCCUUGAUUCACAACUAA